UCCCGUGUGUCCCUCUGACCGUAGAUUCUAAAACCAUAGCAGCCAAACUCCAACAUCGUAGGUGGCGGUAUUUACACUUUCACAUCAGUGCCACCAGCCAAAAAUAAAAAUAAAUAAAUAAAUAUAUAAAAGAAGAAGAAGAAGAAGAAGAAACCAAAUUUUUCCGAGGAGUCCCUGAACGUAGCACGAUGCCGAAAGUGGAGAGGCAGCUAAACAUGGCGGCUACAAGCUAGUUUGCGGUCAAUGGUUUAUCCACACAGCGCCGUCUUCUUUAUUAUCUUUGUCAACAGUCAGGAAAUAAUCUCGAACAGCAAGGACUCGCUGAACGGGUCAGUGAAUGGAUUUCAGCCAUUCCUCUUCUUUCCAGGUUUUUAUCAAGCUGCUGACCGGUAGCCUAUGUUAGGGCGGUUUGUGAGUCACGGAGGACGCGAAACCUGUGUAAACUGUCAACAACAGUGGGCUGAAGACUGAGUGUGUCUGCGAGGUUUCUUCACCGUCCUCCAGGUCUCUUUUCUGUGAGCCCCUUAUUACUUCUUCAACUCUGGCCCCAAUCAACGAUGUCAUCAUCACCAUCAAAGCCAUCUAUUUCCUCCCCCUCUCUCAGAUCCCAGAUGCGACCGUCCGCAGUUGUGGACUCUCUGUCUGUGUCCUCCCUGUUGUCUGGGGAUUUAGACGAUGAGGGAGCUGUAGAAAGAGGAGGAGAAAUGAGCACUGAAGUACUGGGAGACCUAGAAGUGAACCCAUAUGAUGGUUUGCCCUUUUCUUCACGGUACUACAGCCUGCUGGAAGAGAGGCGACAUUUACCUGUAUGGGAGCUCAGGCAGAGUCUGCUGGAACACCUGGAGAACCACAACAUGGUGCUGGUCAGUGCACCCAGUGGAGCCGGAAAAAGCACUCAGGUGCCACAGUGGUGUGUGGAGUAUGCUUGGUCUUUUGAGUUUUCCCAGGGAGUUGUGUGCUGUUCACAACCUUAUUCAGUUGCAGCGGUGAGUUUGGCCCUUCAUGUGGCUGAUGAGAUGGAUCUCAGCCUGGGUCUGGAGGUGGGCUACAAGGUGUCUCAUGAUGACAGCUGUACACCAGACACUCUGCUCAGGUUUGUUAGUGACACUCUCUUGCUAGAGGAAAUGAUGUCAGACCCUCUGUUGCAUCAGUAUUCUGUCAUAGUCUUGGAUGAGCUCCAGGAGCGCACUGUACCCACUGACGUGCUGCUGGGCCUGCUGUGUGAUGUCUGCCACCAGAGGCCCAACAACUUUCGGGUAGUUCUCCUCACUCACCCUACGCUGGCACCACGCCUCUCCGCCUUCUUGGGACCCUCUGUUGCACACCUCACACUAGACAACCUGAACACUGCACCUCCUACCAGAGACGAGAAAGAGGAGGGUGAGAAGGACAGGAAGGCUGAAAACGUCAGUGUAGAGACACUAUAUAGAGAGCUUACAUCAGUGAAAGACUCCGUGGCUGCUGCGUGUCAUAUGGUGUUGGAUCUUCAUCGAAGAGGAGAGGAAGGAGAUGUGAUGGUGUUUCUUGCUAGUGGACAGGAAAUAGAAGAUUGUGUGACACUGCUGGAGAACGAGUCUAUAGCUCUGAGUCCUCAGCUCGGCUCUCUCAGAAUCCUCCCCCUCCAUGCUGGACUCGGUGGGCUGACCCAGCGGGUUUAUGAGUCUGAUCCCAAAGCUUCUAUACUGAGCGAGAAUGACAGCUUUGAGGGUGUGGAAAGCUCAGUGGCUGGAACUGGUGGCAUGCAUGUCAAAAGGAAGGUUGUAAUCACUGAUACACUCGCAGAGGCCUCCUUCUCGUUGCAAGCCAUUCGCUAUGUCAUAGACACAGGUUAUCAACUGAAAACUGUUUACAAUCCACAAAUAAGGGCAAACUCACAGGUCCUGAGGGCUAUCAGCAAACCCCAAGCAGACAUGCGGACUCAGAGAGUAAACAGUCACCUUCCAGGGGUAUGUGUCCGCCUAUACCCUCAGUCUCUGUAUGAGCAAGGUAUGGGGGAGACUCAUUGUCCAGGUGUGGUGGAGGAGAACCUCAGCCACUUGGUACUGCUGCUUAAGAGGCUUGAUAUUGCUGACAUGGGACAGUGCAAAUUCCUGGACAGACCAGCCCCAGAGGCUCUGAUGCAGGCUUUGGAGGACUUGGACUACCUGGCAGCACUGGAUGAUGAUGGUAAUCUGUCAGAAGUGGGCAUAAUAAUGUCAGAGCUGCCACUGGAGCCACCACUUGCUAAAGCCCUCAUUGCUGCCUGCGAGUAUGACUGUGUUGAUGAACUGCUCACUAUAGCUGCCAUGCUCACAGCCCCUUCCUGCUUCAUGACUGCAGAACCCAGCAACGAAGAGUUUGUUGUCACACACUGGCGUCCUCUAAUGCACACAGAAGGAGACCACAUGACUCUCAUUAAUAUUUAUAAUUCUUUCAUUGAGCAUAAUCAGGAUGAGGCCUGGUGCAGAACAAACUUCUUCGCUCAUUCAGCCUUGCGAUUGGCUAUGGUGAUCAGGGCAGAGCUGCUGGAUGUUAUGCAGCGAAUAGAGCUUCCUGUUUCUCCCUCUGCUUUUGGAUGUCAAGACAAUUGCACAAAUAUCAAGCGUGCUCUUAUCUCAGGCUUCUUCCUCAAAGUGGCACAUGAUGUGGAUGGCUCUGGUAACUAUCUUCUGCUAACUCAUCGCCAUGUGGCUCACCUUCAUCCUUUCUCUUCUUACCUGUGCCGGCAGCAGUUCCCAACGCCCCCGAGCUGGGUCCUUUAUCAUGAAUUCACCAUUUCCCGGGAUAACUGCAUCCGCAUUGCUUCUGAAGUCCACCCUCAGAUGCUUGUGGAACUGGUCCCCCAGUACUACCUGGGAAACCUGCCCUCCAGUGAUGGUAAGGAGCUGCUGAUGGAGAUCAGGCACAGUAUGGAGCCUCCAUCAUGCGGAGCAUCACAAGAUCAGAACAGGACUCACAGAGACACUAGCACAUCAGGAGAGGGUCACAAUCAGUCCAGCACUGAGCUCUGUGUUGUCCAGUGAGACAGAUGACGAGGCAGAGCUUCUCAGGAGAACACAUGGCUGUCACGUUGGAUCUGAGAUGUGGUACUUUUAUUAUCGGUACCAUUUGUCUGUAAAAUGUCAUCUUAGUGUGGAAUAGACCUUCUGUAAAGUGGCUUUAGGAACGGUCACACUUCAUUAUUUGCUUGUUUUGUUGUUCUCUGUAUAGACUUUAAAUGUAAUUUUAAACACUUUAUUUAAUUAGGGAUUUCUAUGUUUCUACUAAAUAAUGCUGUCACAACUUUAUUUAAUUGAGGACAAUUGUAUCAACUUGACCAAACAAGGGAGUCUAUAGACAAUAUACACACUCUUUCAGUAAGGUGAGAUAUUGUGAUAUUUAACCUCGAUGCAUAUGCCCAUGAAUAAAUGGGUUCUCAGGGCUCACUAUCAUGACACACUGUAGCAGUAAAGCACAGAGCUUCUAUUUUCAACUUUUUAAAUAUAGCUUGUAAAUGAUUUAGCUUUUCUGCCAUCAUCUUCCUUCUGCCUUUUCCUUUUUAAUGUGAGUCAAUACAGAAUGAGCUUCAAAUAAAUUAAAAAAAAAAAAAAUCAUGUUUGAAAUAUCGAUCUGAUUUUUCACAUUAUAGAUACCUAAGUGGCUUUGAAAAUAGCUUCAUUACUGUGUAACCCUAACUAUAAGCAAUAAAGGUAAUAUACUGAUUUCCUAGCACUCCUGAUUUGUCAUUCAAAACAAUACAAACGUGAAUAUUUGGCUGUAUAGUUUGGUUAUUGUCAUGCCAGAAUCUUAAGAGCUUUUUGGUCUCAGUGUUGUGAAUCCACGAUACAGUGGUGUGAAAAUGUUUUCCUUCCCAACGUCUUAUUGUUUUUGCACAUUUGUCACACUUAAAUGUUUCAGAUCAUCAAAGGUAACCCAAGUAAACACAAAAUGCAGUUUUUAAAGCUGAAUUCAUGUAUCCAUUUAUCACAGCAUGUCUUCCAGGUCCUGAAGCAGGAAAACAGCCCCAGGCUAUCACACUACCACCACCAUAUUUUACUGUUGGUAUGAUGUUCUUUUUCAGAAAUGUGGCGUUACUUUCACCCCAGAUGUAAUCAGACACACACCAUCCAAGAAAUUUCAACUUUUGUCUGGUCAGUCCACAAAGUAUUUUCCCCAAAGUCUUGGGGAUCAUCAAGAUGUUUUCUGGCAAAACAGACGAGCCUUUAUGAUGUUUUUGCUCAGCAGUGGUUUUCAUUGUGAACACUGACCUUAACUGAGGCAAAUAAGGCCUGCAGUUCUUUGGAUGUUGUUGUUGGGUCUUUGGUGACCUCUUGUAUGAGUGUUUGCUGUGCUCUUGGGGUGAUUUUUCCUGAGAAGGUCCACUACUUUUCCAUGUGGUUCACUGGAGUGCCUAAGCUUUAGAAAUGGCAUUAUAACCUUUUGCAGAAUGAUAGAUCUCGAUUACUUUCUUUCUUAUUUGUUCCUGAAUUUCUAUGGAUCUCAGCAUGAUGUCUAGUUUUUGAGGAUCUUUUGUUCUACAUCACUUUGUCAGUCAGGUCCUAUUUAAGUGAUUUCUUGAUUGAGAACAGGUGUGCAGUAAUCAGGCCUGGGUGUGGCUAGAGAACUUGAACUCAGGUGGGAUAAACCACACUUACAUUUUUAAAAGGGGUUGGGGAAUCACUUUUUCCAUGGAGGGCCAUGUUGGUUUGGAUUAUUUUCUCCUUAAUAAUAAAAGCUUUUUUAAAAAAAGUGUUUACUUGUUAUCUUUGUCUUAUAUUCAACUUUGUUUGAUGAUCUGAAACAUUUAGUUGUGGCAAACUUGCAAAAAAAUAAGAAAUCAGGAAGCUUGCAAACACUUUUUCACACCACUGUACAUUCUAUGUCCAGUAUGAUGUUAACAUUACAUAAAAGCAAAAUAUGCAUUAUUUUGCACAUCUGCAUUGUCCAAGUAUCUAUGUAAAAUUGCAUCUUCAUUCCAAAUUGUCCAAAUAUCUACACAUAGUUUAGUUAAAAUCACAAUUCUUUUUCACAGUUUUAUUGUAAUCUUCCAAAAUGAAAAAGGUACUGUAUGUCCUAUAGGUUCAACCGGGAUUAGUUUUUUCAUAUGGUAAAUUAGGGCAGUACGGUGGUGCUGAAUUUUUGCACUGUCCAGGGGUUCUUGGUUCAAACCUGCCUGGUACCUUUAACAAGAAGUUUCCAUAUUCUCCCUAUGCCUGCUUGGGUUUCUCUGGUUUCUUCCCACAUUCCAAAGACAUAAUGUAUUUGAGCUUAAUUUGUGAUGCUAAAUCGGCUGUUGUUAUGGAAGUGAGUGUGGUUGUUUGAAUGGUUGUUUUUCUUUUUGUGUUAUCCCUGUAAUAGACUGGCAAUCUGCCCAGGGUGUGUCCUGCCUCUCCCCCAAUGACAGCUGGGAUACAGCACAC